CUGGGGACCUGAGCAGAAGAGGUUCUCGCCGCGCCUAGCCUUUGCCUGGGCUCCCGCUUCUUCUUUGCCGCUGGGCCUUGGCCCAGAAGCCACAACGGGCGACACGGAGCCACCAGUGCUGGAGGGGGAGCCGUGGGCUCGGGGCAGCGUGGGGGCAGAAGCCCCGGGACGCCCGCCCGGCCCCAGGCCCCGCUCCGCCCGGGCACCCCCACGGGUGACCCCCCCAUCCUGGUCUGAGCAGUGCGAGUGUGCUCGGGAGCCCGGUGGUGGUGGUGGUGGUGGUGGCGGCGUGGAAACUGGCGUGGGCUGGGGGGUCCGAGCCGCGGGGGGCAGUGCCAUGCACAAGCACCAGCACUGCUGUAAGUGCCCCGAGUGCUAUGAGGUGACCCGCCUGGCCGCCCUGCGGCGUCUUGAGCCCCCUGGCUACGGGGAUUGGCAGGUGCCGGACCCCUAUGGGCCAAGCGGGGGCAAUGGGGCCAGCUCCAGUUAUGGAGGUUACAGCUCGCAGACCCUGCCUUCACAGGCAGGGGCUACCCCCACCCCUCGCACCAAGGCCAAGCUCAUCCCCACAGGCCGAGAUGUGGGGCCAGUGCCCCCUAAGCCAGUCCCCGGCAAGAGCACCCCUAAACUUAACGGCAGUGGCACCAGCUGGUGGCCCGAGUGCACCUGUACCAACCGAGAUUGGUAUGAGCAGGCCAGCCCUGCACCCCUCCUAGUGAACCCCGAGGCCCUGGAGCCCAGCCUAUCGGUGAACAGCAGUGAUGGCAUGUUCAAGUACGAGGAGAUAGUACUGGAGCGGGGCAACUCUGGCCUGGGCUUCAGUAUCGCAGGUGGCAUCGACAACCCUCAUGUCCCUGAUGACCCUGGCAUCUUUAUUACCAAGAUCAUUCCUGGUGGAGCAGCUGCCAUGGAUGGGAGGCUGGGGGUGAACGACUGUGUGCUACGGGUGAAUGAAGUGGACGUGUCCGAGGUGGUGCACAGCCGGGCUGUGGAGGCGCUGAAGGAGGCAGGCCCUGUGGUGCGGUUGGUGGUGCGGCGGCGACAGCCCCCGCCUGAGACUAUCAUGGAGGUCAACCUGCUCAAAGGGCCCAAAGGCCUGGGUUUCAGCAUUGCUGGAGGCAUUGGCAACCAGCAUAUCCCAGGAGACAACAGCAUCUACAUCACCAAGAUCAUCGAAGGAGGAGCUGCUCAGAAGGAUGGCCGCCUACAGAUUGGGGACCGGCUGCUUGCGGUGAACAACACCAAUCUGCAGGACGUGAGGCAUGAGGAAGCUGUAGCCUCACUGAAGAACACAUCAGAUAUGGUCUAUCUGAAGGUGGCCAAGCCAGGCAGCCUCCACCUCAACGACAUGUAUGCUCCCCCUGACUACGCCAGCACUUUCACUGCCUUGGCUGACAACCACAUAAGCCAUAAUUCCAACCUGGGUUAUCUCGGGGCAGUCGAGAGCAAGGUCACCUACCCUGCUCCUCCUCAGGUGCCCCCUACACGCUACUCUCCCAUUCCCAGGCACAUGCUGGCUGAGGAAGACUUCACCAGAGAGCCCCGCAAGAUCAUCCUGCACAAAGGGUCUACAGGCCUGGGCUUCAACAUCGUGGGAGGAGAGGAUGGAGAAGGCAUUUUUGUUUCCUUCAUCCUGGCAGGAGGCCCAGCCGACCUGAGUGGGGAGUUGCGAAGGGGAGACCGGAUCUUAUCGGUAAACGGAGUCAACCUGAGGAAUGCCACUCAUGAGCAGGCAGCAGCUGCCCUGAAACGGGCUGGCCAGUCAGUCACCAUUGUGGCCCAGUACAGACCUGAAGAGUAUAGUCGCUUUGAAUCCAAGAUACAUGACUUGCGAGAACAAAUGAUGAACAGCAGCAUGAGCUCUGGGUCUGGGUCUCUCCGAACCAGUGAGAAGAGGUCCUUGUAUGUCAGGGCCCUGUUUGAUUAUGAUCGGACCCGCGACAGCUGCCUGCCAAGUCAGGGACUCAGUUUCUCUUAUGGUGACAUUCUGCACGUCAUUAAUGCCUCUGAUGAUGAGUGGUGGCAAGCACGACUGGUGACUCCACAUGGAGAGAGUGAGCAGAUUGGUGUGAUCCCCAGUAAAAAGAGGGUUGAAAAGAAAGAGCGAGCUCGGUUGAAAACUGUGAAGUUCCAUGCCAGGACAGGGAUGAUUGAGUCUAACCGGGACUUCCCUGGGUUAAGUGACGAUUAUUAUGGAGCAAAGAACCUGAAGGGAGUGACAUCCAACACCAGUGACAGCGAAAGCAGUUCCAAAGGACAAGAGGAUGCUAUUUUGUCAUAUGAGCCAGUGACACGACAAGAAAUUCACUAUGCCAGGCCCGUGAUCAUCUUGGGCCCUAUGAAGGACCGAGUCAAUGAUGACCUGAUCUCUGAAUUCACUCAUAAAUUUGGAUCCUGUGUGCCACAUACCACUCUGCCUCGCCGUGACAAUGAAGUAGAUGGACAAGAUUACCACUUUGUGGUUUCCCGGGAACAGAUGGAGAAGGAUAUUCAGGACAACAAGUUCAUUGAGGCAGGCCAGUUCAACGAUAAUCUCUAUGGGACCAGCAUCCAGUCAGUUCGGGCAGUUGCAGAGAGGGGCAAGCACUGCAUCUUAGAUGUUUCUGGCAACGCUAUAAAGAGACUGCAGCAAGCACAACUUUACCCCAUUGCCAUUUUCAUCAAGCCCAAGUCCAUUGAAGCACUUAUGGAAAUGAACCGACGGCAGACAUAUGAACAAGCAAAUAAGAUCUAUGACAAAGCCAUGAAACUGGAGCAAGAGUUUGGAGAGUACUUUACAGCCAUUGUACAGGGUGACUCGCUGGAAGAGAUUUAUAACAAAAUCAAACAAAUCAUUGAGGACCAGUCUGUGCACUACAUUUGGGUCCCAUCCCCUGAAAAACUCUGAAGAACCCCCUCCAACCAUUCUCUUGUGAACAGAAGAAAACCAAGCCCUCUUCCCUCCUUCCUCUUCAUUCUUGUCCCCAUGGGGAGAACAAAUGACUACUGUCAAAUUUGA